AUUUCUUAGAAAGCCUAGUCUCAUGUUCUGGUGAAAGUAUAAUCAGAGACAAUGAUAGGCAUCUUGAUAUCGUGCCUCCUUCUUGUCCGCUCCUCUGCUAAUAUUCUUGAUGAGGGAGAUUUUGUCCUGGACGAUGAAGGCGUUGAUCUUACAGAUUGGGCUGAUGUGGAUCAUGAUAAUAAACUAGAAUUUGAUAUAAUGACCUACCCUCUGCAAAUAGAAACGAAAUCAUCCCUUGGUAGUGAUGAUAAGGUCUCAAUACGCUUUUGGGGAGAAGGGAGUGUGAUUGGCGAUCUGACUAUUACUUUUGGAGCAGAGCCAACUUACACUAUCUCUCCGUGUACGGCAAUUCAAAUGAAGUUCAGCUCAUUACCUGAGGAUGAUACUAAAUUCUGGACCAUCAAAAAGAAGGACAAUUCAUUGACCUUGGAAUGCAAUGAUGUACUUGUUCUAGAAUAUGUAUUUGAAAGCUCAGAAGAAGCUCAAUGUAGUGUCUCCUGGAGUCAAGAUGUUGAUUCUAUAAUGUUCCUGUCUGUCGACACUGCCUCUGUCCGAUUCAGAGGUGUUGGUACAGAUGAGUACGAGUCUCUGUGUGCAAAUAGUAGCUGUUACCCAAGAUGGGGUAAUCUUCUGAAGGGAAGACGAGUUACAGCUAAUUCCACCUGUGGGCAAGAAAGUGCUGAGGAAUAUUGUCUUAUCUCUAACGACCGAGAAGAGAUCAUGUGUGACAAUUGUGACGCCAGUAACAUCUACAAACAACAUCCUCCAAACUACAUGAAAGAUAGGAGAAUCAAGUCUCGCACUACUUGGUGGAAAGCUGAGAAUGGUUUGGACAAGGUAACACUACAGUUGGACCUGGAGACUACAUUCCAGUUUACUCAUCUCAUCAUGGUCUUCUACUCUUUCCGUCCUGGUGCUAUGGUUAUCGAAAGGAGUACUGACUACGGCAAAAACUGGAUUCCGUACCAGUAUUUCGCGUACGACUGUCAGAAGGUAUUCGGGAUGAAAGAGCGGGAGCUGGGGGAGCAGGACGAGUACGGAGUUAGACGUCAUCCGGACGAGGAUGUUAUCUGUACCAGCAAAUAUAGUUUCUUAGAGCCUGCUCAGGGUGGGGAGGUCAUUUACAAGGUAGUAAGAGGUCGUCCUACUAGCAACACUAACAGGGCCUCUCUCCGUAACCUCCUCCUCCUCACCAACCUCAGAGUGAGGUUUGUUCAGCUACAUACUCUCGGAGACGACCUUUGGGACCCUAACGAUGCUGAAGCUAAGAAGAGGUAUUUCUACGCAGUAGAAGAUUGGGUAGUCCGAGGAAGCUGCUUCUGUAACGGACACGCUGAUUUGUGUACUCCCUUGCCUGGAAUGGAAGGUUCUGAGCAGAUAAAGAACAUGAUAAACGGACAGUGUGAGUGUGAGCACAACACUGCUGGUAGUAACUGUGAGCGGUGUAAGGACUUCCACCACGCCCUGCCCUGGUCUCCUGGUGACCCCAACUCUGGGGAGGCACACUCUUGUAAAGAGUGCACCUGUAACGGACACACGGACAGAUGCGAGUUUGAUGAACAGCUUUACGUACAAACAGGUGACGGUGGACGAUGUAUGGAAUGUGAGCAUGCGACAGCAGGAGCACACUGUGACCGCUGUGUGUACGGUUACUAUCAGGUGGACGGCAAGGAGCUCGCAGAAACUGAUAUCUGCCAACCAUGUAACUGUAACGAAGCUGGAACUACAUCAGAGAUUUGCGCUAGUAUAACAGAGGAUGAUGUCCAGGCAGGAACUUGUAUUUGCAAAGCUAAUGUUGAACCCUCCGCUAAAUGUGACACCUGCAAACCUGAGCACUACGGUCUUUCUGCUGGCAACCCUCUGGGAUGUACAGCCUGUGACUGCGAUACUCGUGGAACUGAUGGUGCCUCCACAACCUGUGAUAUUGAAACAGGACAGUGUGUUUGCAAAGAACAUGUCGGAGGACAAGCUUGCGAUGUCUGCAAGGAGGGAUUCUUCAACAUGAGAUCAGAAGACGCAUCAGGUUGUGAAGUAUGUUCCUGCAACUCUACCGGUACUGACAACCCUGACCAGUGUGACCCUCUUACUGGAUCUUGCUAUUGCAAAGAUGGAUUUUCCGGUUACAACUGUGAUGAGAUUGAUCCAGGAUACUUUGUACCAACAGUAGAUCACUGGGCCUACGAGCCUGAGAACUCUGCUGUCAUUGAAGGAGACGGUUACAGAGUAACAGACGGUAACAGUAGUGGUACAGGAUUCUUGGUUCUGCCUCCAGAUAGCAGCAUUACUCAGAGUACAGACGAGCGUGGUCUACCUGGUGAUGAGGAUAAAGAGGUCGCUGCUACCCUCCCUACCGGACUGUACGAUUUACUGAUAUCUCACGAACCUGCUGAGUCAGACUACGAGCUGGUUAUUCAGCUGGACCACCUUGGCAAGUACGACGGAACAGAACCCCACCCUUACCAGUGUGCUGUGAACAAGAACUCCGCCACCCCACAGCAAGCAUACGGCUCUCAGGUCAUCACUGUAACCGUUAAAGCCGGCAGCACAGUUACUCGGGUAGAAGGACUGUGUAUGGACGAGGGAUCCCAAUACGACGUCAAGCUGGCAUUAGAAGACUCAGGCACUGGUGCUCUCAAGAUUAAAGAUCUAGUCAUCACCGAGCCUCUGGACCCUGAUCAAGCUUAUCCUGAGGAUCCAGCUAAAGCUGAGUUAUACAGGCAAUACCAAGAUAAUGGAUGCCCCAUGACUGAGAUACCUGGACAAGAAAUCAGUAACGAGUGUUACAGACUGAAGAGCGAGCUGGAGGCAGACAUGUCCGAGGAAGACAAGGUUGACUGUGACACGUCUCUCUGUAACCCUAGUGUGGAUAUAUUCGACUUUGAGGACGACAAGGAUAAUAUCGAGACUGGGAAUGGUUCUGAACUCACUGUAGAUGAAGGAGGAGAUGUUAUCUUACCUCCAGGCAGUUCGAUGACAGUUCCUCUGAACCCCGGAACUGGGGGACUAAAAGAUCUGGUUUUAUCGCAUGAUCCUGUAGAGAAGAACAAGCAGGUUACUGUCAAGGUUACUGUCAAGCACCUGGGAAGCAAGGACGGCAGUGAUCCCAAAUCCUUCGAGUGUAACGGAGUUCUAAUCCGACCAUAUGAGGUCACAACGUUCGAGGUGCCGAUCAAGAAGAGAAAAGAGUUCACUACACUAGGUGAGGUGUGUCUGGAUCCUAAUGGAGAGUACGAGAUAACAAUAGAGCCUGUAUACCACGACCCUGACGCAGAGGAUCUGAUAUUGAAGGAAGUGUUCGUUACACACCCUGACGACGGAGACUCUGCUUUCCCUGACAACAAGGAGCUAGCCGAUCUCUGGGACGAGUACAUUGCUGAGGAAUGCCCCAAGGUUGCUGGAGAUAAGAACAGCGACAAGCAGGAAUGUAUAGAUCUCAUCAACAAGAUAAACGAACAAGUUAAAGAAGCAAACCGAGAGAAGGACUGCAGUAUAGAGUCGUGUAUACCUUACAACCCUGUGUGGGAGUCCGGAGAUCCAGUCGAUAAUUUAUCUGGCGGAGCCUAUAUAGACCCAGAGAAUGACCAGCUUGUUCUACCUGACUCGGAGGCUCUGAUAGAGCUGCCUCUAGAUGGAGGAGAUGGUGUGACCGGCUCCAUCACAGAUCUAGUUAUCAAACAUGAACCUGUUGAAGAUCCUCAGACUGUGGUUAUCCAGGUCGUCAGGACUGACUCUGAUGAGCCGUACUCGUGCGGAGUGUUACAAAGUGUGCCCCAGACCCAGAUAGUGACUGUAACCCUGCUACCUGGCACUGAACACACAGUGGCUGACUCCUUCUGUCUGGACCCGGAGGGAGAGUACGAGAUCAGGAUAAGUGGAGCUGACUUGACGGAACCUAUCCGUAUAAAUGAGAUCGGAUCCGCUCUGCCGUCUGACCCUGCAGCCGCAUACCCUGAGAACCCCACUGCUGCUGAUCACUACCAGCAGUAUCUUAACGAGGGCUGCAAACAGUUCCCCGAGAAGAAUGCUACUCAGGAGUGCAUACAUCUUGCUAACCUUGUCGACUAUCAUUCUAAUCCCGACAGACAGGGCAAACCAGAUUGCACAGUUGAAUUCUGCUACCCUACAAAUGACGUUUUCUCUCCUAUCUCUCCUAAAUCCGGGGUAGAGCUGGACGGAGCUAGAUUCGAUGAGUCCGACGGAGGAAUCAUCCUGGGGGCUGGUGACAAGGUAAAGAUGCCGCUAGAUCCUCUGAUAACGGGACCCAACACUAUUGUAAUUGAGUACGUGGAGGAUGAGCUAAGCGAUCUGCUGUUUGGACCUGGCGACUACCUCCCUGAAAACUUGGAGAUAACCAUUAUCUACAAGGGAACUGAGGAUGGCACUAACGUCGGAGAGUUCAAGUGUAGGGAUGAGACUGUUAAACCGGGAACCCGCAAGUUCACCAUUCCCCUCGACCCUACCAAGACAAGUGUAGAGUUUGAGGCAUGUCUUCUGGAUAACGGGCUCUACGAUAUUGAGAUCAAGAUCAUGGAUGAAGAAGGGAACGCUGUUAAGAUAACCAAGAUCUACGCGGAACUGCCCCGAGACACAGAGAACCUCUUCCCUGACGACUCAGAAGCUCAGGAUCUGGUGGACUUCCUAGUUAACACGUGUGAGAACCAAGUGUUCAGUGCCGAGUGCGCGGCGGCGUCACGUGGGGUGCAGGAAAAAAUAGACGAGAAUAACGACAAAUACAAGGUUGACUGUAAUGAAGAGCUGUGUCUACCCGAGGAAAGCAUCUGGUCCAAAGGAGAUGAUAACUUCCUAGGAAAUGUUGCCGGUGUUUCUGAUUCCGGUGCUAUCGUUCUAUCUGGAGGAAAAUCAGUAGUGUUCACAUUUGACGGCUCCAUAGCUCCAAAGUCCGGUCUGAACUCCCUUAUCUUCACUGUGAACCCAGAGGACUACAACCGAGUUGUGGAUAUCAUCAUCACACCCAAAGAUGGCAGCAAGGACAACACUGACGAUUACGAGAUGUGUGGAGACACAUCCUCUGCUAAACAGCAGCUCAUCCGCAAAGUUAUCCAAUCUGACGUGGCGUUUGUGGAGGUGGGCCCCAUCUGCCUGGAUCCGGAGCUGGAAUAUGAUGUUCAGAUGAUCUACCAGGGAGUUCAGCCUCCUAACAGUGAUAGGAUAUACGCUGAAACUAGUGGUAUCAACGUUGUCAUCCAUUCUGUUGAUGUGGUUCUCCCUCUGGAGCCUGAGGAAGCAUUCCCAGAUAAUUUGGAAGCUCAGAAGUUAUGGAAAGAGUAUGUAGAUGCUCAGUGCCCCCGACUCUCUGCCGGGUAUUCAGAGCCGGAACAGGAGUGUCUGGACCUGCUGGCGGACCUGCACGACCUGAUCCACGACCUGGACGGGGAGGAGUGUGAGGUUGCUGUGUGUAUCCAGGGAGACGGUGGUUGGAAACAUGACCCCACUUCUGACGAGGAGAAGUUCGAGGGAGGAGCUAGUGUCGACGGAGGAAGUUCAGACGCUAUCAUUUCACUUCCACCGGGCGGAGAGCUGAGUCUGAAGACAGGUGAGAAGGACGAUGUGGAGAACGCUGCUGAAAAUGUACCGUACACGGGAAUCAUGGACCUUAUGGUCAACCAUUUAAAGUCGAGAUACGCCUGGGACGCUGUAGUGGAGGUCACUCACACCAAGACCAAAGGGAACGAGAAACCGACAGCCUUCAACUGCUUAAACGGGGAAAUAUUGCCAUACUCAACCCAAACAUUCAACGUGCGAGUAGAGCCGUGCACUACAGAGACACGUAUACCUAAUGUUUGUGUGGGACGAGCUAACACCUACGAUAUAAAGUUAACAGUGAGGGAGAGAGUGGAACCUCCAGUGGAGUGUGAGGGUGCUACUGAGUACGAGGACGGCUUCCCCCUGGAUACGUUUGGUUUCGUGUUCCCGGAGGACCCCGAAGUAGCGUUCCCUGAUAACGAGGAGUUGCAGGACCUGUACCAGGAGUACCUGGACCAGGACUGUGGCAGUAGACGCAACAAGGCGUGUGAUGAGCUGGAUGUGGCUAUCAUUGCUUCCCUCAUUGGGGAGGCUGUUGGAUGCGGUUGUAACAUGGGUGGAUCUCUAUCUGGAGACUGCGACAGUGUCGGAGGACAGUGCCCCUGCAAAGAGGGCUACACCGGACGAACCUGCGGCUUGUGCCUUCCUACUUACUUCGGGAUACUCUCCCAGGGACUGUGCUCUCCGUGUGACUGCAACAGUUUCGGAAGCAAAUCUGAUAUCUGUGAUAUGGAGACAGGACAGUGUCCGUGUCACGAGGGAGUACUUACAUCCACUGAUAUUAACGGACUUACAACCUGCUCACAGUGUGUUGAUGGUUAUGUGGGACUAGAGAGUACAGGAAAGGAUGGGUGUGUAGCGUGCCAGUGUGGUGUUGGAGCUGCUCUCCCUACCUGUGACGAGGCUACUGCUUCGUGUUCCUGUCUGCCUGGUGUAGCUGGUCCACUUUGUGAACACUGCUCUACUGGGUUCUACAACCUGAUAGAAGGGGUAGGAUGCCAGGAGUGUGAAUGUAACCCUGCCGGAAGCGCUGAACUGGGCUGUGACCAGACUACUGGGGAGUGUAACUGUAAGGAUAACGUUAUUGGAACACGAUGUGACAGCUGCAAAGCUAACUCCUUCUUUAUCAGUGAAGAUAACCCGGCUGGAUGUAUCCGAUGUUACUGUAACGGAGUGUCUGACGAGUGCUCCGCUGCUAAAGGAUGGACUAUCAAGAACAAAGUGCUGGAUCUGGACUGGGGAGUUGUUGGUGGAGCAGAGGAAGUCAGGCCGAAGUAUGUGAUAGGGGCUACGUCAGGAACAGAGUUUGUUUGGGAAGCAUCUGACAUUGGUGACUUCUACACCAGCUACGGAAUGGACCUUACCGUCAAUCUUAACGGAUAUGAGGAUCUGGAGGUUCUAAUACGUUUGUAUCGUGGUGAGCGGUACGUGACCGGAACACUGGUAGAAACAGAGCCUAAGUUCCUCUCAAUCUCCCUCUACGAGCACAGUUUCACUGCUAAGAGUGGGGGAGUGUCUGAUCUGGCUACAAUGAAGUUCAUCCUCAGCGACAUCACCAGACUAGAGAUUACUACCAUAUUCCCUGAAUCUAAAAAACAUGACCAGAAGAUUAAAGAAUUUUCGAUACAGAAAGGAGUACAAAAAAGUGGAAACAAGAAAGCUAAGAACAUAGAGCAGUGUGUUUGCCCUGAAGGGUAUACUGGCCACGCUUGCGGAGGUUGUUCUAAGGGAUAUGCUAAAGACUUCUCUAGGGGUGGCUAUUCCUUCGAGUGUAUCGAGUGUAUAGUACUGUGUAACGGCCACAGUAACCAGUGUGACAGAGAGACAGGUGUGUGUGCUGACUGUCAGGGCAACACUGCAGGAGAUAGAUGUGAUGUGUGCCAGGAAGGGUAUUACCCAGCCCAAGAGGACGGGGUUCUGCAGUGUGUAGCGUGUCCCUGUUCUCGGAACGCCGCGUCUCCUUCCUGCUCCCUUCCCGGGGAUGGCAGUCAGUUCCCUGUGUGUGAUGAGUGUGAGAAUGGGUACACUGGCCCCAACUGUUUGGAGUGCGCUCCAGGUUUCUUUGGAACUAACGGACAAUGUACAGCCUGUGAGUGUAACAACAAUAUAGACCUGUCAGACCCGUACAGCUGCAACAAGGAGGAUGGUGUCUGUCAGAACUGUCUCUACGACACUACUGGCAAUGAGUGUGAGAGAUGUCUCCCUGGUUUCUAUGGUAACGCGCUGCGCGCAGAGUUACCAAAGUGUCGGGAUUGCGGGUGUGACGAAGUAGGGUCCAGCUCGUCAGUGUGUGAUCACGUGUCAGGACUGUGUGACUGUCUGCCCCACGUGACCGGUAACAAGUGUGACACGUGUUCUGCUGGUUACUGGAACCUUACUGCGGAGGUAGGGUGUGACGAGUGUGGGUGUGACAUGAGAGGCUCAGUUAACGAUGAGUGUGACACGGAGACAGGGCAGUGUAACUGCAAGGAGGGGAUACAGGGGUUCAAGUGUAACGAGUGUAGGGCUGGCUUCUACUCUGUAGCUUCAGACGACUCUGAGAUAGAGUGCACGGCUUGUGAGUGUAACAUGGAGGGGAGCACUGACACACAGUGUGACGCAUCCGGUCAGUGUACUUGUAACGAAGGAAUUAUCGGAAUGCAGUGUGACAGCUGUGCACGUGGAACUACAGGCACUUUCCCCGCCUGUGUGCCUUGUGGGGAGUGCUAUGAUAACUGGGAGAGGGAGGUGCAAGUUAUAGAGGAUCAGAUCAACCAACUGGCAGACAAAGCCCAGAACAUCCAUUUAGACGCCGCUGAUCUAACUGAAGAGGAACUGCAAGCUAUAUUCAAAGAUCUGAAACAAACUCUGAAGGAAGCAGAGAAGCUAGCUAAGUCCUCGCCUGGUAAUGACGAGGAGAUAACAGAACUAACCAACACCCUGAGAGAUCUGGGAGCCGCGCUGCAGACCAAGAGUGACGAGCUGGACACUCUAGAGGGCAGAAUAGGGGACAUAGACCAGGAAACUGCGGACACUUUAGCGUCUCUAGACCAGCUUAAAGACAGUCUGGAUAACUUCAGAGAGGAAACUAACAAUCUGGCAGAGAGAGCCAUGACCCUAUCAGCUGCUAAUCUGGACGAGGCCCUCAAACUGGUGGAGGAUGCUGCUAAGCGCUCUGCUGUGGCUAAGGAGGCUGCCGAUGCUACCAAGUCUCAAAUAGAGGAAGCCGAGGAGAAGGCUGCCAAAACGGAGAAGAUCCUGAAAGACGAUAUCUUUAAAGAUACCUCAGCAGUAGAGAAGCUGUCAGAAAUAGAGGACCAGAUCUCUGACCUGACCGACAAGUUAGGAGUAUUAGACGCUAGUGUGUGUGGAGCCACUGACCCUGACUCUUGUGACCCGUGUGGAGGUAGCAAGUGUGGGUUCUGCGGAGGGCCAGGUUGCGGGGGAGCUGUGGGGAUCAUCAGUAGUAUAACAGGGCUGGCUGGAGAGGCUAGGAGUUGUGCUGAUGAGAGGCAGGGGGAGGUUACUGCCGCUACUUCCGACCUCAGGGAGCUCAACAGUAAGGCUGACGAGAUCGACACUAGUGUUCAGGAGAUGAAACAGACGAGUGAGGAGACGAAGGGCACAGUAGACGAGGCAGCAGAGAGACUGCAGGAUACCAAGAGGAAGAUAGAUCAGCUGUUACAAGCAGACCGGGCCAGUGCUCAGGAGAUCGAGCAGAUCGUACAGGAUAUUAACGCUUUGAGAUUACCUCUCAACGAACAAGAGCUAUCAGAUCUGAUUGACCAACUCACUCAGGCUCUGAACGAUAUCAACCUUGUCAAUACUGAUGUGGAGGUGUCACUGCCAGACAAGCAGAGAGUAGCUGACUUGCUGGAGAAAGCUAACAAUGUGUCAACAGAUGCCAGCGACACACUAGACUCCAUCCUCGAGGCCACCUCGGCUCUCAGAGACUUUGAUGAGAACUACCAGGCUGCCCAGGAACUGCUGGGAUCUACCUCUGAAGUUGUUAACGAUGGGUGGAAUGAUAUUGGCGAGAUUGAGAAGAAUAAGGAUGCAGCUGAAACGUCCAGAGAAGGACUGGAGGACGCCCUGGAUGAGCUGGAGCGAGAACUGCAACUACUACUGGCUGAUAUCAGCAGUGGAGAUACUAUCGCUCAGAACGCUCAGGCAGAGAUAGAUGAGGCCGGAGGGACUGUACAGGAUAACGAGGAGCAGGUAUCUCGACUUAAAAAGGAUUAUGAUGAUUUAGACGAGCAAAUCUCUGAGAAGGAGGAAGAAAUAGCAGAACAGUUGUCAGACACUGAGGAAGUGGCUCGGAGGAGUGAUGAAGUUGAAUCUGCUAUCAACGAGAAAUUAACCGACGUUGGAGAUCUCACUGAGAAGUACGUAACUCAGCAGCGAACUCUGGUAGACCUCAACUCGGAGUUGGAUGCGCUAGAAGAGAAACUUGACGCUAUCAUGGAGCGAAUAAAUGUGAAAGCAACUUAUCACGCUCAAUGUAAGAACGACAUCGCAUCCUAAUCUUGCAGUACACGGUGGUGUUACUUGUAUCAUAAUUUCGUGGGCUCUCGACAAGUUAAAGAAAACUCUUCGGAUAGUCUGGAGUAUUUGAUUGAGGGCCCCACCCAGAGCCCUGACAGGCUAUAAGAUUUGGGACUAGGUUAUCUGCUAGAUUUUUAUUGAGAUUUAAAAAUUUUACACGUGACAUUCUACUUGUAGCCUGAGAAUGUCUCCUAUUCCUAAAUGAAAACCUAUUUAUUCAGAUUAGCGACUCUAGAAUUGUCGUAAAUUUUACUUUUAGUCACGAUUUCUCAUUUCUAUGAUUACUUUUCCCUAUAUUUUUAUCAUGUUAAUAAAGAUUUGAAUUUAUGUUUUGAUAGUUUGGAAUCCGGAUUCUGAUAAAUUAUAAUCAUACAUCAAAGAAUCUUCGGGGCAGACUUGGAUUUUUUAUUUUUGUACUUAACACUAUAGCACUAGCAGUAUUAUCAGUAACAAGUAAAACAUUAAACAUAAAACAUACUGUUUUAUGCCACACUAUUUUUCUAGAUUUUUACAAUAAACUUUUUUGACUUGAUACUUUUACCCGUUCCCUUGUAUUUUGAAAUACUUGACCCAUGUAAAGAUUUGAAAUUGGAAGUAUAUCUAUAAUUCAGAUUUAAUUCACAUAAA